AUGGUUCUUUGGGGUGACUCCAAACGUACCAAGAACAACCGGACAGUUGCAGAUGUCAUCAUGUCAUGCUUUAAGAUUGUGAUCGGUUUUUACCAAGUCAUUGCCGGUAUUUUCUCGGCAUUGGCGAAAGUCCAGUGGCCAGUCAUUUUGAUCUCAACGGAGAAGGUUCUAAAAGUAUUUGAAGGGAACAUCUUGCAGUUUGCCCCUCUUAGUUGCAUUCAUACUUCUCUACGGCUUGAUCAGCUUGGAAAGUUUACGAUGAUUGUUGUCAUGAAUGUCAUACUCGUUGGCUUGAUUUUCUUGUAUCUAUUUCUUAAAAAACGCUACAUCAUGAGCAAGGAGGACCUUGGCGAAGACCAGAAAGCAAUGGAAGUUAAGAGUUUGAAGAAGUCUUGCUAUCGGAACAUUUUUCUAUUGUUGUUGACGACUUACCCCACGACGAGCAAAUCGAUUUUUCAGAUUCUACCUCUUCCCGGUGCAUGUGUAGAGACUUGUUUUACAGACGACAAGAGCGACUGCAUCUUCCUGCUGAGAGCUGACCACUCCAUUCAGUGUUUCACUCCUCGCCACAACUUGUACUGGCUCAUGGCUUCUAUCUUGGCAUUAUAUCCCGUGGGAUUUAAUAAUAAUAGUAAUAAUAAUAAUAAGUCUUUAUUAAGCACUCUAAACAACAAACGUGUUUAGUUACAAUGAUAUGAAAUCAGCAAGUAUAAACUAAUAAACUAACUAAAUUACUAACUGAAUAACUAAUAAGAGAACAAACAUCUAUUAAUAAAGGUCCUUUUGAAACGUUCAGUUCUGACAAGCGGGAGAAUAUAAUUAUGGCGCCUCUUACGUAGCGUAUCCAUUGUUCGCUCUGGUGGCAAAAGGUCAUCUAAAGCUGUUGGAAAAUCGCUGUCGGUGAUCUUGGCCCACAACUUCUUAUCUUUUAGAAUAAUAAUAUUUUCAAUCGAAAAAAGCUCUUUACAGUAGCCAAGCUUAAAAGCUCUCUUGAACAGCCUGUCUAUGCGACUCAGAUACUUAUGAUAAUACGCGCAGCCCCAUACUUCUACAGCAUAUGUAAAUAUAGGUAGAAUAAGACUGAUAAAGAGAAGAUGAAGAUGAUCUAGCGGCAGUCCAUAGAAUUUACAAACACGUAAGAUGUACAGACGACUACUGGCUUUCGAUAUAAUAUUAUCAAAAUGUAAGUCCCAGUUACACGGAUCAGAUUGAAAAGUUACACCCAACAACUUCAGACAUGGUUUACGCUCUAUAGAAACCAGAGGAGCAGGUAAGGCCUUAGUGGAUUUGCCUCUAAGAAGCAUCUCCCACGUUUUCUUGAAGUUUAGUUGCAUACGAUUAGCAGAUGUCCAUGCGACGAUCGAUCGGACCUCCUCAGCUGCUAAAUUGCCGUUAUUAGCCAGCGAUUUUACUGGAAUACUUAAUGUUAAAUCAUCAGCAUAUUUCACAAGUAAAUUCUGAUUUGGUAGAAUGGCCUUAAUAUCAUUGACCAUAAUAGAAAAUAGUAUAGGGCCUAAAACUGUCCCCUGAGGGACACCUCUAUUGAUAUUUACAUAGUCCGUGACAAUGGCAUCAACAACAACUCUUUGUUUCCUGUUCUGUAAAAAACUAAUAAUCCAAUUGGUCACGUAUGGAUUUAUAUCAAGUGUUUUCAACUUAGAGCAGAGGAUAUCAUGAGGGACCGAAUCAAAAGCUUUGCUGAAAUCAAAAGAGAAGAUUCUAACACAAUCAAAACCCGACUCAAGCCAUUUCAGCCAAGCAUAUUGACACUUAAUUAAGGCCAUUGUCGUAUUGUGGCCUUUGCGGUAUGCAAACUGAUCGAAGCUAAUGAAGUUCUUCAUAUAUUGAGAUAAUUCUUGUCUGUAUACAAGACGUUCAAAAACCCUCAUUAUUACAUUAGUCAGCGAAAUAGGCCGCAACUGUGUGCAAUUUUUAAAGUUGGGCUCUUUAGGCAAGGGAGUUAUGUCGGCCAAUUUCCAAAGAUCAGGCACAAUGUGAUUUUCCAAAGAACAGUUGAAAAUAUGGGUAACAACAGGAGCGAGGUCGUACGCAAACUCUUUCCAAAACCAGUACGGGAUUCCAUCUGGACCAGAGGCAGUUCUUUUUAAUUUCAGUAGACUCCUGGUAACACUGGAGACCGUUAAAACAGGCAUCUCGCUUGAUUCCGGAAUAGUGACAGUGUCAAUGGGUUUAUAAAGGGGAUCAGUGUUAAUGGAACAGAAAAAAUUAUUGAUCUCGCUCGGGGAGAUAAUUGAGCUUACUUGCGAGUUGGUAGACUUCCUUCCUGUCAGGGAAUUGACUGUUGACCACCAUGAUUUGGAUCCUGCACUAUGUUUCUCAAAAUUCCCUUUAACUGCUCGAACUUGAUUAUCUCUGAUCAACUUGUUGAUUUUCUCUUGAAGAGUUUGGAUCUCAAUCGAAACAGAAUUUCCUGACAUGUUACUUCGCCGAAUCAAUUUUCGCCGUUGGUCCAGUAGAUGUUUGAUUAGAGGAGAAAAGAACGGGGGGUCCCUAUUAGACACACGUACUGAUAUACCCGGAAAACACUCAUCAAACAUGGUCUUAAUCUUGGUACAAAAAAGAUUAAGUUUUCCAUUCACAUCUCCGCAUUGAUAAACAUUGUCCCAGUUAUGAAACUUCAACAGUUUAUCCAUAUCCAGUUUAUGAUGAUCACGAACAUCUCUGAACAUCACAGUUUUCCUUUCAGCCUUAAGUGGGAUUCUGGGAUAUACCAGGACCCCAGAGUGGUCAGAUCGAACUAGUCCUUGAGUGACCGAUACUUUCCUCCAAAAAUGUGGGACGUUAGUAAUCAAAACAUCCAAAAUUUUGUUCUUUCUUGUCGGUGUAUUUACCAUCUGGAAUAAAUUUAGUUGUGUAAGAAAAUCAUUGUAAUCUAGCUGAUUGAGGUCACCACAAAUUAUAAGGUUGCUGUUAGGAUUACCAGUCAAUAAAUGAUCACAACUAUUUGUUAGAUGUUCCAAUAAAUCAUCAGGACAAUAUGGCGGAUCUGGAGGAUGAUAAACAGCAGCCACAUAAAAGCUUGAGUUGGGAGUUGUAAUUUUAGCCCACAAACAUUCAAAGGCAUUAUAAAAAACGCUGUCCAAUCGUUCCAACAACCAAUCGCUCCUGCAGACAAUAGCAACACCACCGCCUGACCGGUCAGUUCUAUCCUUUCGCAAAAUUGAGUAAUCCUUCGGACAAACGAGAUGAGAUGGAAAAUUUGGUUUAAGCCAUGUCUCGGAGAUGAUGCAAAUAUCGCAGUUGUUUGAGUGCAAUUCCAUAUGCAAAGCAGAAGCAGCAUCAACUUUCACAAGUGAUCUUGCAUUAAUGACCAUACAUUUGGGGAUUAUUCGGGGUAAAGAAGAAGAGUGAGUAGAAAUGAAAUGCAAAUUUGUAUCCUUGGGUCGAAGUCGUGCGCGUUUGGUCGUUGAUAAAAACAGUGGUCAGUGACACGAACUGGAAUCUUGUGAUGUUGUUGACGAGAUCCAAAUCUAGAAUUAACACCAGCUCUACGACCUCUAGCUCUAUAAAUUCCCAAUGACUUUAAGCGAUGAAUAAGAUAAUAAUCCAGUUUAACCUUAGGACAACAGGAGCGAAGUUGAAAUAAAUUACGUCGACUGAAAGAAAAUCUAGGUCUCGAAGUUUGAAGUGAAGCAGUCGGCAUGUAGUUAAAAUUUUCCGGACCCGGGUUAAUUUCAACAUCCACUGCAAUAGAUAGGUCCUUGAUGAAACCUCUUUCAGACAGAGCAGCAACCGUCGAACCAUGCUUUGACCAUUUGGUGAUCGGUAACUUAGUUGAGCGUCUUGCAACAGCAAGGUCUUGACCGCAGCGAGAAGCAGAAAAUAGCUUUCGACUGACGCUAAAAGGGCCUUUAAAGGUAGAUGGGGGCGAACAGAUUGAAUUGUGCUUGUCAAGAUACUGAACGAACAAGGUAACAAAGCACAAAAGCUUAAAAAAACAACAACGACGACAGUAAGCGGCAGCCAUCUUGGCGCAUAUACAUUAAAAUUCGAAAAGUGGGAUUUCCACUUCUGGCUCUGUUUCUCACUUACAAGUAUCGCGAGUCCCAUAAAUACGAAGCAAUUUCUUUCGGACUCAGAGUGUUCUUUGAAAACUACAAGAAGGAAUUUUGGUUUUGGGAAAUCACAGAGAUGUAUCGCAAGCUGAUUUUAAUCUCGUUCAUUUUCCUUUUUGGAUCAAAGAGCCUCUCUCAAAUUGGUCUUACAGUUCUGACAGUUAGUAUCUUUGGAGUUAUCUACACCUUAUUCCGACCGAUCAAGAAUAAGUUUGAAGACUGCUUGCAAACUUUUGUUCUUUGA